AAUCAAGAAUUCACGUAAUCAAUAUGCAGUGUGCUGGUGACAGUCCGAAAUGGGGUCAAUCUCCGGUUGAUAUUGACGAUAAUCACGUUCUUAGAAUUGAAUAUCCACCCUUAACUAUGAGUGGUCAUUGGAGUCAAGAUGGUUAUGCAAAUAUUAGGAAUACAGGUUCUACAGUUGGGAUAACUUUGGAAGGUAAUAGAAGUCCAGCAACAAUUCGAGGUGGACCAUUAGUAGACGACGUUUAUGAACUUUCAGAAGUUGUUUUUCGUUGGGGCUCAUCGAACUGUAAAGGUGCCGAGCAUACUCUCAAUGGAACAUGGUUUACAAUGGAAGCUCAAGUUUUACAUUACAAUCGUCGAUACGAAGAAAUUGAGCAAUGUUGGGACAAAAGGGAUGGUCUAGCUAUCUGUUCCUAUUUUCUUCAAGUUUAUCAACUUCCUGCUUGGGAUGAACAUCCAUUGUUUUCAAAGAUCACUGAUAAUUUAUAUAAAAUCACUGAACCUGAUUCUAAUGCUAAAAUAUCGCCCAAUUGUUUGAGUUGGAUGAGACAAGCUUGUCAAACACCUGGUUAUUAUACCUAUACAGGUUCAAUUACAACUUGGCCCUAUCACGAAUGCGUAACUUGGAUCAUAUUUCCAGAACCUAUAAGAAUUUCGGAAAAUCAAGCACAAUGUUUUAGAAUGUUAAGAAACAAGCAAGGAAAUUUUAUCAAAGAAAAUUAUAGGGAAGUUCAAAAACUCCAUUCGAGAAUUAUAUAUUAUAUUUGUUGA